ACAAACGACUUAAGUGUGUACAAAUUUGCCCGGCAAAAGGCCCAAACAAUAGAUGGUGAUUUAAAUUUAGACGACAUAACCGGAAUAUUGAAAAGAUUUCAAGAAGAUCUAAAUCUGAAAAGUAACCAAAAUGAACAACAAAGUCAAGAGGAACCACAAGAUCUUGAAGCACGUGAAGUACUUGAAGGCUCUCAGGACAUUCAAUGUAAUAAUAAAGCUCAUUCAAGACUUUUCAACUUUGCUUACCCAAAGAAUAAACUGGGACAUAAAAAUAAAUGUCGCGACAUGUAUUUUGAGGCUUAUUCGACGGUUCUACGUGCACGAUCAUCAUUUUUUAGAGAAAUCUUAUGCACUCCAAUUUACUGCUAUCAAAUUGGAUUUAAAGGAAGUAAUUGA